AUGGUCGCGGCGUCGCCGGAGCGCGAGAAGAAGAAACAGAAGCAGAGGAGAGGAGAGCAGAGAGGAGUGGAAUGUGGAAUAAUAGAGCUGAAGUUGCAGGAUACAGCUGGAUGCAACCUAAGGCAUGGGGCAUUGGCUGCAAAAUUCAAUAGAUCAGAUGAAACAGUUGGCUGCUGCUUCAGUGUUGCAAAGAUACUGAGAAGUGACUUGCACCGGAACGCAAAUCAAGGUGUCCCAGUUGAGCUCAGCGAACAAGUUGCAUCAAAUUUGUCAAAAAGAGUUGUUUCAGUUGCUCUGUUCGAUGGACAAACAGUGUUAUUUGCAUGCUCGGGCAUACCUGUAGAAUGUCUGGGGAAUGUUACAAGGUUUGUGACUUCAGCAAGAUUGGCUAAAGCUUUCAACGAUAAAAAGAAAGACCAUGAUGAUUUGAAGGUGUUAGUGCGCCAUGAAGACAAAGUCGUCACUGGGUUUUUGGAUAAAUAUGAUUCAUAUCUCAACAUUGCUGCUGUCAACGUCAUGGACAUGCCUGAUCUUCACACCGUACCUUCCAGUCAACAUGUGAAAUUUCUGCCCCAUAGUGCAGUAGUAGCUGUAGGCUGUGACAUCGAUGUACUCAUGUUGACAUUCAUCCACAGAGAUGGUCUCGACAAGAAUCAGUUUGGGGAUCUAGAAUCCUUGGGUUAUCCCAAGCCUUUAAAUGAUGGCAUGAUCUUGGUUAACACUUUUGAAGAGCCUUUCGGCGAUGAAUGUGGUGAAGGUGUUUGGAGUGAACUAAGUGAAACAACUUGUGACAUAUUAAAGAGAAAUAUUGUAGCACUCGCUUCAUUCUGUGAAGGGAAGAGGAUUUUUGCAUGCACGGGUCUUUUUAUUGAAUGGAAGGGGUUUACAGCAAUCUUGACUUCAGCGAGCUUGCUUAGAGAACCUGGUUGUGAAGAUCAGAAGAUUGUUAAAAACUUGAGGAUUGAAGUGUUGCUUCCAAACAAAGGUCGCGCGGAAGGGAAAUUACAACAUGUUAGUUUACAUUACAAUGUCGCUCUGGUCAGCGUCAAGGAUUUUUGUGCUAGCCAACCAGCAGUGAAAGUUGAACAUCGGUGGCCUGAUUCUGGUAAAGUACUAGCUGUCGGGUGCUGCUUCAGUUCCGGCAGACUGAUGGCUGCAAGAGGGCAAAAGUAUGGCAGGCCGAAUGUCCAAUUUGAUUGCAAAUAUCUUGGAUACUCUACUUGCAAAAUCACCAAGGCUGGGAUUGGAGGUCCCCUUGCUGAUCUUGAUGGGAAAUUUGUGGGCAUGAACUUCUAUGACAAGUAUGUAGGUCACACACCGUACCUGUCAUGGCGGGAGAUUGUCCCUCUCCUGGAAUAUUUUGAGACAAAAGGGCCUGUUGCUGAAGGCGGUGAUUAUGGUAAUCCAUCCGAUAAGCCUGACUGGACAAAGGAAGGAGAUAACAGUGUUUCCUGUAAUAGCUGGUUUGUACCGAGUCCACGUUGGUAUGAUCCUGACGUUCUGGAAAAGGUCGAGCGUGAAGCUUUAUCAAUAGUCCCCCGCUAUCUACCUUAUGACUGUAUAUCUGAAUCUGAUUCUGAAUCUGAAUGA